UCACUAGUUUCAGUUUUAUGGUUAUGUGUCCUCAGUGAUAGCUGUAAAAAGUAAGGUUAAAUAUUAUAUAUUUAUUGACUUAUUUGAGCCCCGAAAGGCUUUUUAGAGAAGAGUAAAUUAUGGUUAUACUUGCAAUUCCGUACUGAUAAUUCGUCCAGAUAAGUAGAAGUAAUAUCUUCAUGUCAUCUUAUCAUGUUCGUUACAAAUACUUUUGCAGUUAUUUCCAGUUGCAGAUGUAAUUUGUUGAUUAUUGUUGUAGAUAUGAUUCGUCGAUUAUUUAACACUGUUCUUGAAGGUGCAGUGCAAAGCCCUUCAGAAGGUCUGUUUUACCCAAGUCCAUUUACCAAAAGUGAUACAAGCAAUUUCGGCUGGCUUUCAAGUGUGACACCUUGUUUUCCGGUAAAUGCAAGCAAUAUUAGGAUUAUCAGUGAACCCUACCAAUUUUAUGAAACUCUAUUGCAUUACUGUGAAAGUGCCUCACGAAGAAUUACACUUGUUAGUCUAUAUUUGGGAACAGGCGACUUGGAAAAUCAGUUAGUCAAAGCUCUAACAGCAAACAAACAGUUCCAAGACAAGAAGUUAAUUAUUAACGUGCUUCUUGAUUAUACAAGAGGCAGUAGAAAUAGGAACAACUCCCGUACAGCACUGCAACCACUGUUGCAAGACAAUGAAACUAAUUGUACAAUAUCUUUGUAUCACACGCCAGUAUUAAGAGGACUACUGAAGAAGUACAUGCCUAAUCGAUAUAACGAACUUAUUGGGCUUCAGCAUAUGAAGCUCUACAUUUUUGAUGAUACUCUAAUCAUAAGUGGUGCUAAUUUGUCAAAUGACUACUUUACAAACAGACAAGACAGAUAUUAUUUAAUUGAGGACAAGAAAUUGACGGAUUUUUACUCCGGUCUGGUACAUAAAGUUCAAAGUUUUAGCUUAAGAAUGGACAAAAAUAACAAUUUGAGUUUAUCAACUGAUUGGAACUGUGCACCAUAUGAAGGAAACAAGCAGGAUUUCAUCGAGAAAGCUGCUGAUCGAGUGGAAUCUUAUUUGGAGGAAUACAAACAGGAACAAAACAUGCACUCUAUUCACGAUUGUGAUACAUACAUUUUCCCUACAUUCCAAAUGGGACAAUUAGGAGUCGAACAAGACUCGUAUAUCACCGAAAAAGUAUUAGGAGAAGCGCCUGUUGGUAGCAAAUUGAGAAUAGCUACAGGCUACUUUAACUUAACUAGUCAAUAUAUGAGCACAUUAAUACACGACUGCCAAGCUGAUUGUGAAAUUCUGAUGGCACAUCCCAAAGCAAACGGAUUCUUGGGAGCUAAAGGCUUAGCUGGAGGUAUUCCCUAUGCGUAUUCUUUAAUAGCUGAGAAAUUUAGAAGGCAAUGUGAAAAGAAUAAGCAGCAGCAUAGAAUAUAUUUGCUAGAAUAUUUGCGAGAUGGAUGGACCUAUCAUGGCAAGGGUUUAUGGUAUUAUCCACCAAAGAGUAAAUAUCCGUGCCUGACGAUGGUGGGAUCACCAAAUUUCGGCGAUCGAUCGGUUACCAAAGAUUUAGAGACCCAAUUGGUGAUUGUUAGCGAAAAUCCUCAACUAAGGAAACAGAUGCACGAGGAAAGUGAGCGACUUUAUGGAAGAGGACUCAUAGCUGAUACGAAAAGGGAGGUGCCAUUAUGGGUGAACACGUUUGUUUCACUUUUUCGAAGUUAUUUUUAAUGUUUGUCAAAAGUUGUUUUUUUAUUUAUUUGUUGAUGAAGAAGCAUUUUGCCCAUUGAUGCUGUGGAUAUAUUUAUGAAGCUUAAUAUAUAGUGUUAUCCCAAA